AAAAUUUCAAUCCUAAUGUCCCACGUACAAAUGUCGUUCUAUUUUCGGACACGAAUUCACUCGCACGCAACAAACAAUUCUCUCUCUUCCUUUCUCAACCCUCUCUGCAGCCAAACAAGAUCCAAACUGUCUCAAACCCUAAACCCAGCUCUAGUAAUGGCGACCGAGUCCUCCUCCAAGAGACCCACAUGCCCUUCCUGUUCGAAACCCUCGCGUCUCUGCUUGUGCAUUCGAAUCAAGACCCCUAGUCUCAACAACUCGGUCGGUGUCACCAUUUUCCAACACAGUCUCGAGCGAAACCACCCUCUCAAUUCCACCCGAAUCGCGACCCUAGGGCUCAAGAAUCUCAAUGUUACGUCAGUUUCCGAUGUGAAUUUCGAAGCCCGGUUCGUCAUCCGGUCUCUGGAAUUGGAUUCUGAAAUGGGUUCGAAAAGUUCAUAUUUUGAUAAUGUUUCUGAUUUUGAACUAACCCAAAAUGGAGUCUUUGAUAAAAUUGAUGGGUCUACUUCGAAAAGAGGGUCUGUGGAUUCAGAAGAGGGAAAUUCCAAGCCUGUUGAGCCUGAUUUGAGUAGUGAAUUUGAUAGUGUGCACAAGAACAAGCGAAUUCGGUUGGGGAUUCAUCACAUUGGAGAGGUCCCAAGAGGUGUUGAGGGACCUCUCAUCACUUUCACUAUUGGAAAAUAUGGUGUCAUUAGCUCUUUUGUGCAUAAUUUGAUGCCACAAACUCAAUCUCAGAACCUUAAUUUUGAUCUGCUUUUGGCUUCUCCCGCAGUCCUCGAUGCUUUAUCCAAAGGGUUUGUUGUGAAGAAGUGGCAGAGCAAACAACUGAAUGGGAGCAUCAAAAUUGAAGAAUUUGAAGAGUUUGAAAUCGCGGUUCCUCCUGGAUCGGUUCUUCUUUUCCCAAGUGAAAAAUCAGUUGGCAUUGAGGCUAUAGAUUUCAAGGUGAGGAAUUUGAUUGUCUUGGAUGGAACUUGGUCCAAGGCCAAGAGGAUGUACAAGGAGAACCCUUGGUUGAAGCUUUUGCCUCUUCUGAAGUUGGAUUUAGAUAAAAUGAGCUUGUAUAGUGAUGUGAGGCGGCAGCCUAGGGUUGGAUGUUUGUCCACGAUUGAGAGCAUUGUAUACACAUUGAAGGCGGUAGGGGAUGAGAGUGAUGGGUUGGACAAUCUGUUGGAUGUUUUUGAGUCCAUGAUAGGAGAUCAAAGGCGAUGCAAGGAUGAAAGAUUAAGCAAAACCUCUCUAGGAUGAGCCUUUAACUCAAGCUCGAUUUUGCUAACUAUAGAAAGUGAAUUUGACUACUUGGUUUUUUGAGUCGCUGAAACUUUGGUUUUGGGGCUUUCUGUUCGGUGUUCGGUAGAACCUCAGGAUUGACUGUAUUUUAUCUCCCUAGCUAAGUAGGCAUCCAUUUUUAUUCAGAAAUUGCAUUCAAUUCAAUCCCAGAACUUGCAUUCAAUUCAAUCCCAGAACUUGCUUGGAAAACAUGAUUGAUCUGGUUAUUCUAAGGUGCAUAUUGGUUUUAUCUAGAAUUUCCGUGCUAGUAUAGCAGCCAACUAUAACGUAAUUGCUAAUUAAGAUUGCGUCUCUUCAUUUGUUAGUGAGGUCAGUGACCUUCAAAAUCAUUCUACAACUCCAUCCAUUGGUUGCAUCUCUCUAUAUGUAUGCACAUUAACCCCUUUUGCAUAAUUGAAUAUGGGAAGAGAAAUUGAUUCGCCUUGCUUAUGUGCUUGUUCACGGGAUUGAGCACGUGGUAGAUGCUUCUCAAGGAACUGCUCUUUUGUUUCACCAAAUAUGUUGUUCUAUUGAUUAUAGAAGUUCACAUUCUUCAGGAAACCACGAUUGUGGGCCAGUGGGUGUUGAAACCAGCAUUUGAAUUAUUGUUUUUAAGCAUGGUGAUAUAUUCAGGCAUGGUGCAUCAAAACAGAGCUCCCAGUAGUCCUUUGGUAAUGAAGUUGCUUGAUGUUGUCCUGAGUCCCUGGAUCUUAAGCCUAAACAAGAGUCCAAGGAAAAAAUGGGUGACCCAUGGUGUUCAUGGUCGGCAAGAUGAGUAGAUAUUUGAUCCAGAUAAGUUUGGGUUGGCAUGUUUGUAAGUGAGCUAGGCCAGGUCGGCAAGAGCAUUUCCCAGCUCAUUCAGCAAAGGUUCACUCGCUCGGGAAGACCCAAUCAGUGAAGCCUGACCACGCACAUAUGGCAGAGGAAGUUGCAUCAUAACUGAUUCCCUUAUUUAGUGUAUGGAAUCUCUGCCUACAAUUAAAGCUUCACAGUUGAGGACAAUGGGAAAAUCCCUAGCAAAUCGCACCAAAAACUGCUAUAAGAAAUCAAUUGAGCAACCACUCAAGGUUCCUGAUUUUGGUCCGGGUCCUAUAAAUUCUCCACCAUCAGAAAAAAGAAAAAGAAAAAAAAGGGAAGAUGCUUGUUAGCAUAAUACAGUGGUAUUUUAAGUCUGCAAGAUAAUUGGGAGAGGACUCACUUGAACCAUGUAACAUCACAAUUCCACUUCUCUUUAAGGGGAUGAUGUAGUUGUAAUUAUUGAGCUGGUUGUUUGUUUGUGAUUGUGUGUCGUUAGGUUUUUUUAAAUAGUAUGACGUUAUAAUUGUUGUGAUUAUAUAUUGUUAAAUUUUCUUA